AUGUCGAUCAAGGAGCCAGGGUCAGCCUUUGACCGCAACCCUCAAUUACAGUCGUCACGACCUGCGAGCAUUUUCUCGGCGCAAUCUAUCGACACACUUGUCGCUGACCAGAGCUACCGAGGAUUCCCAUCCGAGCAAGCGUACCUUGAUGCUCUAAAAGAAUGGGCACAAUCAAAAAUGUACUAUGAGUCUGAUGAACAACUAGAAGGCUUUUACGGCGCCAAAACUCUGGAUGACAUCCUAAGCAAGCAGGGGACUCCCCGGGGUGCGAAGAAGAAUACUAGAGACCAGAGAAGAGCAUCGGUAGCUCCUCAGCUUGCGACCGUUACCGAGCACAAUGGCAGUGCCACAACCCUUUCCAGGGAGAGUUCCGUUGCUGCAGCCACAAACCCAACGAAUACGCAAACAGAAGGCAAAGGCAGCAAGCUGAGAAGAGUCUUCACACGGCGCAAGUCUACUGUAUGA